GGCCCCCGAAAACGCUCUGCUGCCCGCCCCUCCUCAGCCCGGAGCUGCGUCCGAACUGCUGGUCGCCACGUCCUUUCCCGGGCUCCCGAAGUCGAGGACAGUCGCCAGCCGCAAGCCUUACCGCUGUGCCUGGCUUUGACGCCCCGAGUCCGGAUCCUUCUCGGGCGUCGAUGCUGUUCCCCAGGCGAGCGCGCUGAGACGGUGCCGCCCCUCCUUUUUGCCCCAAACUGAGCUUCUCCCCCAAACAUGGCCUCUGAAAUAGGAACAUAGACAAGCCUAUUCGGAACCCCAAGACCUCACCCUGCUUCAGCGUUGCUUUCGCCCAAAUGUCUGGAACCUCUCCGCAAAGAAAAGGAUUUGUUUUUUGUAACUGCCACGCCCUCCUCCAAAAAAAACUCAGCUCUAAGGCGCCCUCCUUGCAAAAUGCGGGGUCCUGAUGUUUCUGCCCCGUACUGAACCCAAAGCCCAAACCAAACCGGUUGCCGUGGAGUCGAUUCCAACUUGCAGCGACCCUGUAGGACAGAGUAAAACUGCCCCAUCGUGGUUUCAAGGAGCUGCUGGUGGAUUCGAACUGCUGAGCUUUUGGUUAGCAGUCAAGCUCUUUAACCACGGCACCCCAGGACCCCCCAAUCCUUCUCGCCCUUCAAGACUCUCAAAUUCAUCUCCACCCCAGUCUCCAGAGUAUUUGAUUUUUGAACAGUUCUCCGUGCUAUUCUCCAACACACACCACCACCACCAUGGAAAGUUCAUAAGGUGCUGUGCCUGUGAGACCACACCGUGGGCUUGAGGAGAGUCGCCCUUGGUGGAUACAGAAGAACCUUGACUAGCCAGAAACCCGUCAGCUGGGGACUGGCCACUGCCUUGUCGGUUUUGAGGGGAGAAGCUGCAGGCCAAGUCAGGAGAGCUGCCGCCACCACCUGCAGAGAAGGCAGGCAGGUCCGAGGGUGCAGAGAAGUCCAGGGGUGGCCUAUCACUGGGCACCUGGCCUGCAGGGAAGACCUGGAGCAGCCCCUUUGCCAGAGGCCAAGGCCGCGCGUACCGGAGUGCGGAAGACAGGGAAACUGAGGCGUGGGAGCCAGGAGGAAGCAGUGGCUGGGUGGGCAGAGGGUCCGAGAGCCUGGGGCAAGAAGGGGAGCAGGAGGACAGGAGGAGGGGUCAGAAGCCCGCUGGGACUGGCGGUGGCUUGUGGCAGCCUGGCUGGGUGUUUCUCCUCGGUGCCGGGACUGGCCAGCCCCCACAUGGCCUCCAAGCUGCCCACUGGGAAGGUCCGUGGGGAGAAGCGGAAGCGGGUGGUGCUGACCCUGAGGGAGAAGAUGGACAUCUGUGCGCGCCUGGAGAAGGGUGAGAACCGGAAGGCGCUGAUGCAGGAGUACAACGUGGGCAUGUCCACUCUCUAUGACAUCAAGGCCCACAAGGCCCAGCUGCUGCGCUUCUUUGCCACCUCCGACUCCAACCAGGCGCUGGAGCACCGGCGCACACUGCACACGCCGAAGCUGGAGCACCUGGACCGCGUGCUGUAUGAGUGGUUCCUGGUGAAACGUGCCGAGGGUGUGCCCAUCUCAGGCCCCAUGCUCAUCGAGAAGGCCAAGGACUUCUACGAGCAGAUGCAGCUCACCGAGCCCUGCGUCUUCUCUGGCGGCUGGCUCUGGCGCUUCAAGGCCAGGCACGGUAUCAAGAAGCUGGACACGUCCAGUGAGAAGCAGGUGGCCGACCGCCAGGCCGCGGAGCAGUUCUGUGGGUUCUUCCGAAGCCUGGUGGCCGAGCACGGACUGUCCCCUGAGCAACUGUACAACGCGGACGAGACAGGUCUUUUCUGGCGCUGCCUGCCCCACCCCACACCGGAGGGGGCCCCUGGGCCCGGCCUCAAGCAGAGCAAGGACAGGCUGACCGUCCUCAUGUGCGCCAACGCCGCAGGCUCCCACAAGGUCAAGCCCCUGGUGGUCGGCAAGUGCAGCGGCUCCCGGGUGCUCAAGGGCAUCCAGCACCUGCCCGUCGCCUACCAGGCGCAGGGCCACGCCUGGAUGGACCAGGAGAUCUUCUCUGACUGGUUCCACCAUGUCUUUGUGCCCUCCGUGAAGGAGCACUUCCGGACAGUGGGUUUGCCCGAGGACGGCAAAGCCAUCCUGCUGCUGGACAACUCACGGGCACACCCGCCCGAGGCCGCGCUGGUCUCCGACAACAUCUUCACCAUCUUCCUGCCUGCCGGUGUGUCCUCGCUGAUCCAGCCCAUGGACCAGGGCGUCCGGCGGGCCUUCAUGAGGAGCUUCAUCAACCCGCCCGUCACCCUGCAGGACUUCCACACCCGCUACAGCAUCCAUGACGCUGUCUUCAACGUGGCCUGCGCGUGGGGCGCUGUCCCGAGCGCGGUUCUGCGCCGUGCGUGGAGGAAGCUGUGGCCUGCCGCCGUGUUUGCCGACGGCUCCUCCGAGGAUGAGGGAGCUGAGCCCGCACAGACCCAGCCACAGAGCAAGACUCUGGCCCACAUUAUCGAACUUGUGAAGGAUGGUCCCCCGCACACGGGCAGCAGGCUCCCUAGAAGUGAGGGCAGAGAGUGGGCAGCAGCUGGGAAGGAGGUGGAGCGCGGCGGCGCCCAGGCCGUCUGGGAUUCAGCAAAGGGCAAGGGAGCUGGCCCAGAUGGCGGGGGUGAGGGCUCCUGGGAGAAGGCCGCCGCCUCCUUCGAUGUCAUCCUUGACUUUGCAGGGGCGCAGCCCUGCUUCACCCCCCAGGAGCUGGGCCAGCUGCACGCGCUGCAUGCGGCCUUCACGAGGCAGAGGCAGGUGAGGAGGAAGCACGGCACCCUGGCAGCUGCAGUCAAGACAGAAGUCCCCCAGGGAUGCCCCAGGGCGUGCACGGCCUCCACGCAUUCCCCUCUGCCGUCCACAUCUGCAGCAGCACAUGGCGACAGCUGACACGCACCCCAUGUUUCUGCCCACGAGCCCCUGUGGAGCGGGUGCCACAGUCAGGUGUGGGUGUGGCUCUGACCGCUCCCUGAGGUGGCGGGCCCCUCGGAUGUUGCAGGGCUCUGCCACAAGGGUGAGCGCUGGCCCGAGCAGUCGCGGUGACUCAGCGGUCCAUCCCCCGCGUCGUCCAGUUAAUAGAGGUUUUACUGUGUAACUGUCGGAUCAUGUGACUGAGAAGAGCCCACUCAAACCUGAAACGCACCAGCACCUCACCCUGCUGGAGCCGAGGGCUGGACGGGCGGGUCUGGGUCUUCACCCUAGGGUUCUGACCCCCCGAGCCUGGCUGGAGAGGAGAGGAAAGCCACUCCUGGCCUGGCAGCAGCCACACCGUGGGCACUUCACUGCCUCACCAGGCCCCCCAAGGUUCCUCUCACCCUUCAGAGAGCUGGGCCUGCUUCCGGGUGCCACCCCUGAGCAAGGUGCCCGAGGGCAGGCUGUGGGGCCUGGUCUCCAGGGUUCGUCACACCAUGUGCUCACCAACAUGUGCCCACUUCAGUCAUGAGCUGAUGCAGCAGCUGGAACCAUCUGGAAGGUGGGUCCAUGUGGCCACAGAGCCCAUCCCUUAGGGUCUGAUGCCAGGAUGCCCACAGGCCACACACCGACGUGGUGCUGCUGCUUCCUGGCAGAGCAGAGCUGUUGGGCUGGACCCUACUGUUCUGGGGGAGUGCCGCGAGAGAGCCCACAGGCCUGUCAGCAUCAGGCUCUGUGCAGGCUGUUGCCCAGCGACCACAUUCCCCACAAUCCGCACUACGGCCUUUUAGUUAACAAAUUUCAGCCAGACAUUCAGAGACCUCAGGUUUCCGCAAAAAUCCCUGAGAAACAAAGACACACUGCUUAGGCUGCUAGCAGAGUCUGAGCCCUGACUCUCAGCUGUGUGCACACUGUUGUCCUUGGGGGGACGUGGGCCACUUGUAGAAAGACAUGAUCAUUUUUCCCGGAUCGUGGCGCUGGCUCAGCAUUACGUCACUGCCCGCCUGGAGCUGUGACCACAUGCAGCCCCGUGUCAGAGAGUGGCCUCCUAAGUGUCCCAGGUGGGUGUGUUCUGUGUUCUUCCAUGGCUUUACCUUUGAGCUCCAGCCCCUGAAUUCCCAUCACGACAACUAUGUUCCUGCGUUUGCUCCUGGCCACCGAGGCCUUUGUGAGCGUCGGCAGGACGGAGGGGGGUGUUAGGCUGGCAGCCAGCUAUGUGGCAUCUCCUUGUCUUCACAAGUGUCAAGAUGGUGACACUGAAAUACAACCGUGCUGUGGAA